CUAAAAACCGUAUAGAUUGAGGCUAUACCGGGUUAUUUGACAGCCAGUGCCAUGAAUUUUGUCGAAAUCUUCUUAAAUUUAUAAAAUGUCGUAAUAAGAUGGUAAAGAUGAAGAUAUUGUUAAUAUUACUGUGUUAUUGUCUGGUUGGGUUGAGCUGGGGUCAGAUCAGUAUAACGCCAGUUUGUACCACAUACAACGUAAAUCUACCUUCCACUGUAAUUGGUCGAAAUCCUCUAAUUGCAGAUGUUGUAUAUUUGGUGUCAAACAAUUCAGUUAUUCCCGGAUCGGCAGCUACUAAUCCUAUUCCUGUAAACAGUGACAUGAUAACCAAGUCUCAAGUAGAAUACAGAAUAAAUGAUACUGGAAGUGGUGAACCUGAUGUUCUGGUCAAAAAGUCAAUAGAGAUAAUUAAUAGUAGCCCUGAGAACCCAGUAGUUAAGAUCAGCACCGUUCUGAUUCACGAAUCAACCUCAACCCGCCAAUAUUUAGACAGUGUGCAAUUUAACGAUGAUUUGACGGCAGGUUUGUGGGCAGAACUUGGAAAUGGUUUUCAACCUGGCAUAUUUGAACCCAAUUUAACCAACUAUGGUCGCUCCCAAAUACGGUGGAAUGUUGCAGGCAAUAUCACAAGUAACGACAGUAGAACAUUAGAAUAUUUUGCCAUGCCACCAGAAGAUGAAUAUCAUGAUUUACCUGAUGGUGUUUCAACAUACGUAACAACUGUUCAAUUUUCAGAUGAUGCUGGUGUGAUGUAUACCCCUGUGAAACUUGAAGUGUGUAUUGAUAGAACAUCACAAAUCAAAAAAAGUUUAUUAUACAUGCAUGGUUUUACAGCACUGAGUUUCUUCAUGGCAUUUAUACUAGGUAUAUUGUUGGUUGUACUGAUAGUAUUUAUCAUCGUGUAUUUUAUGAAGAAACGCGGCUAUAUGGCCACAGCUGUAUCUCCUGGAAAAAUAGAUAAAAUGAAGAUGAAAGAGACAGGUAAAAAGAUUGUUUUGGAUGCCAAAGAUGCCAUUAAAAAAGGUUUUAAUACAAUCAAAGAUUACAGUUUGAUUGGACCAGAUGAUAGUAUUGUGUACAUCCUGUCUCUAAAAGAUAAACUUCAGAUGUUCAGAGAAAUUGACAAUUUAGAUAUCGUUUCGACGAUUUACGUGGAUACGGACAUCGAGAAAGAACAGAAUGACGCCGCUGUACAGGCAAGUACCAUGUUGAUACAAGGUAUGAUGCAGAAUGGUGACAUCACAAAACAAACCCACGAUCAGACUAUUAACAAUCUCAACAAUAACAUGAAAGAUUUGGAGAGAAAAUUACAAGACGAUUACAAAAAGGAAAUGGAAAUUAUUCUGGUUAGAUUGUGUGCCAGAAAUAGGGAAAAAGUUGGUGAGAUGCUUCAUAGACAUAACUUACAGAAGAUAGAAGUGGAAGAAAAAACAUCAGAAUUAUCGGAAAAGGAAACUGAAGAUUUUUUAAGUUUAUUAGAGAAACAACAUCAAACAGAACAGAAUGAGAUGACCUACGUUUUAGCUUUAGAACAGAAUGAAGAGGCAGAAAAACUUAGAAAGGAAUUUGGAAUCAGAAAACGACUUGGUAUAAAAGAAGUUCAGCAGAAAAUAAUCAGUGAUGUUGUCCAAAAUGGCGGGUUGAUGCAGAAACAAGCUGAUUGGUUGCUAAAAGAACAUAAACGACAACAGGACGAGAUACAAAAAAUGUAUGAUGAAGAAAUUUCACGACAGCGAAUGACCCUAGAAGAAAAGCUGACCAGAAGAAGAGGUUUGGCUCAAGCCAGUGAAUAUCAAGAAGAUGAUUUAAGUGAUAUGUUGAAUACAAUGGCUGGACAUCAAGUUAAUGACAUCAACAAAUUAAACAAACAAGGUAAAAUUUCGUCAGAAUUGGCUGAAGAAUUUAUCGCAGAUAUGAAAAAUGAUAUAUUGGUCGUGAAAGAGAAAAUGGAGAAAGAAAAAACUCGACAGGAAAUGGAACUUCAUAAAAAACUUUCUUUAUUAAAACAAGAAAAAAUGAGUGCCAUGAGAAAGCGACAAGAAGAAGAAAUGGUUGAAUAUAACAAACGAUGUAAAGAACAGCAGACAGAAGGUCCAAUAGAUCCUGUAUCUGUAUUGGAAGGAGAGUUGAGACUGAGAUCGACACAUCGUGCUGAAUUAAGUAACGUUGAGAACGAACUUGAUAGCGAUCACUCUAAACAGUUAGAAAAAGCUCGAGAUAUUCUUGCUGAAAGAACAAAGGAUGAAUUAUAUCAGAUGGAGAAAAACUUACUGGAUAAAUUACAAGAUGAAGGAAUGAAAGAAUCCGAAGUUCAGAAAAUAUUAAAACAACAUGAAAGAGAGAUAGUUGAACUUAGUGAAAGUCAAGAAGAGGGAAGGAGAAAGCAACAAGAAAAACUAAUGGUUAGUGCAUAA